AAAGGGAGGGACUGAGGGAAAAGAAUAGAGGGAGAAGAGUUUUCAUAUUCGUGGGAGAAGCCGUGUCUGUUAAUGGACUGGGAGUCUCAGAACUUGUUCCUUCACUAAAAGAAAACAUUAGAAAUCAGCUCUUCACAGCUGCCGUGCUUUCUGAGGAUAAUACAGUGGUGUCAUCAGUUGUAGAUUCACAGAUGGCUGCACUGCGCAAAGAUGGGAGCAGACAUGACAAUGGAUUUAUAUUGAUAGCUUGUGAUCAAUAAGGACAAUAUCAGAGGGGUGACAUUUAAGGGACGUAAAGCCAGGCCUGUGAGAGUGCAGAUAUGACUACAUAUUAACUUCAUGGCAUCUCCACAGUCUAUAAACCCUCCAGAAAAAGAGUCUGUGGUCACUGCUGUGACUCAGAAGGCCCAGGAUGAGGAAGAAGAGGAUGAUGAAGAUGAGGAAACUGGCGAGAAGUUUGAGUUUGAUGACACCGACGAUGAGCAGAAUACAAUGGAAAACUCUGUUGAGAAUAAAGAGUCAGCAACUCCUCAUGUGGAAGCUGAACAUUCAGAGAACACUAAUGGUAGCACUGCCACAAAUGCACUUUAUUGUCAAGCUAUGAAGCGUGUCACAAACCAGAAUCAGCAGGCGGUAAACGGAGGGACCCCCACUGGCCUGGAGGACCAGAAUAUCCCCACACAACCUCACACAACAUAUACGGAGAUGGUGGCCAGACAGUCUCCUGACGGGAGUUCCGUCUCAACGGAGGCAGUGGUAGCCGAAGAACAAACAAGCUUUUGGAAAAGAAAUAACAUUUAUGAAGGUUCAUAUUUUGGUCCUGAGGGCCUCUAUACAGCUAUCCAGCAGUCUCCCCACAAUCAUGCUCAGACAGCCCCAGUUCACUCUCGGGAAUGGUUCAGUGUGGUUUCAGAGCUCACUCUGCGACUGCAUAAAGGUCUUACUUCUCAAGGGAAAGCCGUUCCUGAAUCAGAUGAAAGUUCACCCCCUGAUCAACUGAAGGAGACCUCAGCUCCUCCUGCUCGCUCAGAGGUCAUCUACGAUGAUGUGCCUUGUGAGAACAUCACGCCACCAGAUGCAGAGGAUGAUGUGAUCUAUGAGGAGGUACAGAGGUCUGGAGAGUCUGGACUGAUAGACGGCUGGGGCUCCAGUGAGUUUGAAAGUUACGACGAGCAGUCAGACAGCGAGACCAAGCAGCCCACCCGCAAUAAGAUUUCCCCAGAUGUACGCCGUCUGAAGCAACGCUGCGUCCAGACCAGGCGCGAGCUAGCCAUGCGGUUAGGGGCUCGAGAUGUCGGCCAACUCAAACAAAACUAUGAUAUUAAGGUUCAACAGCUCAUGAAAGCAGCUAGGAAUGGCACAAAAGAUGGACUGGAAAAGACCAAAAUAGCCAUGAUGCGCAAAGUGUCCUUCCUGAGUAAAAAAGACUGCACAGAUGACACAGAAGAAGAUUCUGGAUAUCUGGAUGUGACUGUAUCUGAGCUCAAACAUCCUCCACCUCAGCUUUCUCCAAUGCCAGAAGGGCUCAGUAGCCAACAGGUUGUUAGGCGUCAUAUUCUUGGCUCUAUCAUCCAGAGUGAAAGAAGCUACCUAGAUUCACUCAAGAGGAUCCUAGUGGAAUAUAAGAAGCCUUUGAUGGAGGCGGAGCCCCGGAUCCUGAGCUUGAAGAAGAUCCAGCCUAUUUUUUAUAGGCUAAAGGAGAUCCUGCAGUGUCACUCCAUGUUUCAGAUUGCUCUGGCCUCCCGUGUAUCAGAAUGGGACAAUACUGAGAAAAUCGGAGACCUUUUUGUUGCUUCAUUUUCCAAGUCAAUGGUGCUAGAUGUGUACAGCGACUAUGUCAACAACUUCACCAAUGCUAUGGCUCUUAUCAAGAAAGCAUGUAUGUCCAAGCCAGCAUUUCUGGAGUUUCUCAAGAAGAAGCAGGCUGCCAGUACAGACAGAAUUACUCUUUAUGGCCUGAUGGUGAAACCAAUUCAGCGCUUUCCUCAGUUCAUACUCUUACUGCAGGACAUGCUGAAAAACACCCCUGUGGGGCAUCAGGACAGGCUGCCACUGCAGCUGGCCCUCACUGAGCUCGAGACUCUCGCCGAGAAGCUGAACGAGCAGAAACGGCUGGCCGAGCAGCUCGCUGAAAUCCAACAGCUCACUCGUAGCGUCAGUGACCGUAACCUCAGUAAGCUACUGAACUCGGAUCAGAAGCAGCUGAUUCUGUCUGAGACACUAAUCGAGACCGUCUAUGGUGAGAAGGGUCAAGUCCUCAAGUCUAAAGAGCGCAAAGUCUUCCUCCUGAAUGACAUGCUUGUCUGUGCAAACAUCAAUGUGAAAUACACUGAAACGGGCAUUGAUAACAUCUUUGAGGAGCCAAGGGGCCCUCCAGAUAUCAGCAGUCUAGUCCCCAUCGGUCCAAAAUACGCAGUUAAGUGGAGUGCCCCCCUGCUGCAGGUGCAAGUGGUAGAGGUGGGCCAGGAGACCCCCCAGCGUAAAGACAGCGUCUACCAGCAGAGUGGAAGCAAGCGCCUGAGCUCCACCAAUUCUCAAGGAAAGCUGUUUCUGGGACCACCGCGGCUGUACCAGGAACUGCAGGAGUUACAGCAUGAUCUUUCUGUGGUGGAGGAAGUCACGUUGUUGGUGGGCACCCUGCAGGGAUCGUACCAGAAUCUCAACACUACGGUGGGGCAGGACUGGUGCAUGGCUCUUCAGAGGCUCAUCCGCAUCAAAGAGGACGAGAUCCAGUGUGCCAACAAGUGCCGUCUACGGCUGAUGGUUCCUGGGAAGCCUGACAAGUCUGGCCGUCCUGUCAGUUUUACAGUGGUUUUCAGUACGCCCAGUCCAAUUAGCAAAAUCUCCUGGGUCAAUCGUCUGCAUCUGGCCAAAAUCGCCCUCAGAGAGGAGAACUUGCCUGGCUGGGUGUGCGUAGAGGAUGAUGAAAAGACUAAGCCUCCGUUCUGGUGCCCGUUACUAGCCUGCCGGUUGCCUGUGUUUACCCCAAAAAUGCAAGAUCUAAAGUUGCAGGCUGCCCUGUAUAACCCGGUCCACUGUUCUCUCCUUGGUUUCUCUGCCGCUAGCACAUCCUUGCCUCAGGGCUACCUCUGGGUGGCUAGUGGGGGUGACGACUCCCACGGGCAGGUGGAGAUUUUCUCCCUUAACAGACCCACUCCGCGCUCCGUUAAGAGUUUCUCUUUAGGUUCCCCAGUGCUUUGUCUGGAGUAUAUCACAGAGCCCAGCACUGAUGAAGAACUAGAAACACAAUCCUCUGAAGUUCUUUCCAAGAUCGGCAACACCAUCUGUGUAGGGUUAUUGGAUGGCAACAUCCUGGUUUAUGGAAGUGUGGACACUGCUGCUCAGUGUCUGCUAACAUUUUGUAACCCAGAGGGCUGCCCGGUUCUGUGCCUAAAACACUCUGCCAACUUUCUCUUCGCUGGACUGAGUAACGGAAAAGUUGCCGUUUAUAACCGAAAAAGUGGAGAGGGGCUGUGGGAUCCAGAUUCCUGCAGACAUGUGGUUAUUGGAUGCGCGCCCGUCCUCAAACUCCUCCAAAUAGACGAGUGUGUGUGGGCCAGCUGUGCCAACCAGGUCUCUGUGAUUGAAGGCUCUUCUCUCAGCACUCAGAGUUUUGAAGUUCAUCCAGACCCCAUGGUUAGCGUGACCCACAUGGUGCGUGCUGGAGGAGGGGUGUGGAUGGCGUUUUCAGAGGGAUCAUCCCUACGUCUGUUUCACACAGAAACAUUGGAACACCUCCAAGAGAUCAACAUUUCAACACCCUCUGCAUAUUUGAGCCCUGGUCAAAAAACUGUGUGUGUAACCAGCCUGCUUAUCUGCCAAGGGCUGCUAUGGGUGGGCACAGCUCAGGGCAUUAUUGUCACCCUGCCAGUGCCCAGACUAGAAGGCAUUCCCAAAAUAACAGGAAAAGGGAUGACGUCACUAAAUGCUCACAAUGGCCCUGUUGAAUUCUUGGUUGCCGCCUCCAGCAUUUUAUCCCAAGAUUUUCUAAAGCGGGAUUCUACCAUGGAGGGUGCGGAUUCAAGCAGUGGAGGUGAAGAUAAGGAGGUGACAAAUUCCUCUCAGGAGUCCCUCCAGCAGGCGGAUGGCUCUCCGCGGGUAGAAGCCAAAGCUAAAGGAGUGCUAUUGCAGUACCACCUCCGUUCUACCUCUCAGCUCCCAGGAAAGCUGCUGACGGCCCGGCCCGAAGAAUCAUCCGACCCGACUCACAGCUCUCUGGCGCACACCCUAGAGGACGGUUCCAUCUAUGAGCUAAGCGAUGACCCCGAGGUUUGGGUCAGAGGGCCUGGGCCGUCAUCUAAGGAAGCGGCACGUAGGGAGAAAGUGACUUCAGCUGCCAUUAUAUCCGGUGGAAAAGGGUUCCGUCAGCUCGCUAAAUCCUCCCUCUCCUCUGACUCCAAUGAGAACACGCUCAUGGUCUGGCAGCUGCCCAUUACAGUUUGAGGCAGUAGUGAAUUUUCCUUUCUUUGGCUUUCAUCAGGAGUUUUGCAGCGAUUGAGGACUGUUGGAUCAUUGAAGGACAAACAGACUGUAAGCCUAUAUGGCUUAUGAGGAUUAUUUAUUCCACUUUUCCUCCAGAAGGGUUUGAAGGAAUAUUCCAGGUUCAGUAAAUGUUAAGCUGCGGCAGCAUUUGUGGCAUAAUGUUGAUUUGCACGAAAAAAUGUCCUUCUUUAAAAAACAAGGUUACAGUGAGACCCUUACAAUGGAAGUGAAACGGGCCAAUCUGUAAAUAAUUUAAAAUACUAUUUCAACAGCACAGCCGCAGGAUGUAAAGUAAUAUGCGUGUUAUCACAAUUUUAGUGUGAAAAAGUAAAACAAUGCAGCGUCAUAAACUAGGGUUGGGCCGACAGACGAUUCCAUUGUCUAUCACCAAUGGCUGACAGACAUCACUAAUGCAAAUCCAUGCAUUUCGCUCUACAAAUGCAUUUCGCUCUAAUAGCAUGAAAAAGGACAAUGUUCUCCCAGUUGAAUCUACAGUAUAUCCCAUUAAUAACUCCCUGGAAUGCAUGACGAAUCUCCUCAAAUCCUUACGUCUCUUUCACCGGUAAAUACAAUUUAUUAUCUGUCAAAAUGACGAAUUCACUUUGAAAUAGUAUCACACAAUGCUUAAAUUAAUGAACAUUUUUGAUUAAGGCAAUGUAUGUUACUACAUAAUACAGAUAUAUAUUCCUACAAUUAUAUUUCACUCGUCCGUUAUUGCUAUAGAAAGAAUUGUGCUUUUAGGGUCAAUCAUAGUCUGUUAAAAGUACCUUGUUUAUGCUUUUACAACUAUAGUAUAGAAGUUAUACCCAUAAUUCAUGCAAAGCAUAAUGAGGCAUGGGAAUAAGAUGGAUAACGUGUUCAGAAAGGAAAUGACGUGUACUACGGAACCCCUAAAGAGAAUAAAUAGGAGAUGGGAGGAAAAAAUAUAUUUCAAUACUUUCUUUCGCAAUUAUAUCGUUGGGUAAUUAUACUGUAGACUAUAUAAAUUGCAGGCGUAAGGGAGAUUCUUUUAAUAUGAGGGUCAAUUAAAUCGCUUUUGAAUGAAUGUUUGCUUUUUACUUUCACUUUCGAGAUUUGUGAUCACACAUACUCAGUAUUUACCACACGUUUUACAAGAUUAGAUGUUUGUCAGUGAUGUUCAAGAUCUGCAAACCAUCCUUCAUUGUCCUAUCAGUCAUUUCUCAUUACUCUGUUUAUGUGGUAGGUGAACUUUUUUGUACUAUAAUGUAACAGGCUACCGCUAGCAAGCGGCUAACCAUGUCCCUUUAGUCGUAGAACGCAACGCAUUAUUCAUUUUUCGUGCCUUCUGAAUACAGAUUCACACUUCUAGCACGCCCCUAAAGGUCCUUGCACACUGAGUCAGAAAUUUUUGUACAUUUUUUUUUUUUUAUAUUUGUCAAAAUUCAGCACACACAGAACCUCAAGGUGUCAAAACACCAAGCAAAAUGUUUGCUAGAUGCAAAAACGCAGAAAAUUGAAACCAAUGCAGAUUUUUUUUAUGACAGACAAAAGGUCAUUGCACACUGAGUCUGGAAUUUUCGUAUGCAUUUUUCGUAGUUUUUUUUUUUUUUUUUUUUGUAAUCCCAAUUUUUUUUAUGACAGACGGAAGUUUUGGAGACAGUGUGUAAACGUGAUUGACACAACAUGAGGUCGUAUUUAUUUUAACGUGAAAAUUUCGGAUGCAGAUUUUGUACUCAGUGUGCAAGGACCUUAACUCCAUACCCCCCAAUGUCAUUGUGAUGUUUUACUGUAUACAAUAUCGUCUAAUGUCAGUUUGAUAGCCAUUGCCCAACCCUACCAUAAACCUGACAACCCCUAAAAAUGUCUUUAUUUUUGAUUCUUUAAAAAGCUUUAUAGCUCAGUUAAUACACAUUUUAACAGAAUUAAGCUUAAUAAUUCUGCUUUUAAAUCCUAAAUUGGCCCCAUUCACUUGCAUUGUAAAUGCCUCAGUGUAACCACCGGGUUUUUUUUUAAGAAAAGGUGGGACAAGUUAAAAUAAUUGUUUUACUAUUUUGGUGGUAAUACCCAUAAUGUCACAAAUGCUUUAAAGUAAGCCAGAAUAUUCCUUUGUGUUGAUAAACAGCCGCGCCAUUCAAUAUUCGUCUGUCGUAAUAAUAGCAUGUGCUCCAUAUAUAAUGCACAACAACUGAAUAUUAAACAAUCUCACCUUUUCAAAUUCCACUAAAUGACUGAUACCACCAAAUUAUUGCAUUUGAUUACAUCCCAUGUGCAUGCGAGGAAUCAGGGUAAGUAGUGUUGUUGUUUUUUUUCCAGAUGUAAUACAAAAAGUAAUCCUUACUACAGUAUGUAUUUGAGUAUUGGCUGUGACCCAGUUCUUUCUUGUUUAAAUGAUAAAAGAUAUUUUUUUAUGCAGCACCACCAAAGCGGUGUGCACGGAAACGUAAGGUAGCUGAAUAUUCAGAGUCAGUCUAUUUAAAUGUUUUAAUGUUAUUUUAGUGUGAAAUGUGAUAGGGAGAAGCAAAGUCUUCUGGUGUAGGUACUUGUGUGUGAUGGUUCUCGUUGUUCGCAGUGUCACUUUGUUAAAAAAAUUAAAUCAUAUUUACAAUGA